AGUGAAUUUAUAUAAUUAUUAUUAACUGACUCUGAAAUAAGUUUUAAAAUACAGAUGCAAAAGUUAGUAAAAGUCGUGAUAGCUUGCCUUGUACUACGUCUAUAGAUAUACACAUUUUUGUUCUCUAGUUGAGUCAAUUUGAACAUUCAAGGUGAAUUAAAAUUCAACGCGAAAUGCCGACAUGGACCAGACGCGAUCAGACUUAACCACAAUUUUAUCUAUAUCAUUUAAAUCUAGUUGCGGUGUUAGUUUUCAUUUGAGUAGAUAAAAUGUUUAUUUUUUAGAAAAUAAUUAAAGCUAUUAUUAAAGAAAUAAGACUAAGAAUCAAAAGUUGCCGUAUAUAUUUAAAAUGAAGUGAAUGUUUCGAAAUGUUUAGAAAAGUAUUAAGUGGUUAUAUAAAUACCAUUCUACAAAGUAAAAACAGUAUGCAUUUAAUUUUUCAUGAAUCACCUAAAAGAGCGUUUAUAACUUCGUCUACAUUACUUUCGAAAAAUGAAACUACAAAAGAAAUUGUAGCAGUUACAGACUUUGAUCGUGUGAAAGAGAAGAACAAGAAAAAUUACUUAGAAAUGGUUAAAAUUUUCGAGACAAGAGGCUCUCAUAGAAGAGGCCAUGUAGAGUUUAUUUAUGCAGCUUUAAAAAAUAUGAAGGAAUUUGGUGUUCAUAAAGAUUUAGAAGUAUAUAAAGCUUUAAUUGAUGUGAUGCCAAAAGGUAGAUUUAUCCCAACUAAUAUUUUUCAAGCUGAAUUUAUGCACUAUCCAAAACAGCAACAGUGCAUUAUUGAUCUCUUAGAACAGAUGGAAGAUAAUGGAGUAAUGCCAGAUUUUGAAAUUGAAAGCAUUUUACUAAACAUAUUUGGCAAACGUGGAUACCCACUUAGAAAAUUCUGGAGAAUGAUGUAUUGGAUGCCUAAAUUUAAAAACCUUAGUCCAUGGCCAGUACCGGACCCUUUACCUAAUGAUGUUCUAGAACUUGCAAAAAUAGCUAUUGCCAGGAUUGCAAGUGUGGAUGUUCAAACUAGUAUAACAGUUUUUAAGACAUCUGAUAUUCCAGAUUCUGUAGAAGAUACAUGGAUAGUAAGUGCUCAGUCAAUAACCCAGAAGAAACUGUUAAGUGAACACAAUAAAGAAAACCCAGUUUAUGUUGAAGGUACUUUCAAAGUUUGGAUUAAAAAUAAGUGUGUUAAUUACUUCAUUCUAAGAGGAGAUCCAAAACCAGUUAAUACAGAAGUUGAAAAUUUAGAUGAUGUAAGCAAUAUAGAAGUGCCCUUGUUCACUAUAAGCACUCCCCAGGAAAAGAAGUUGAACCUUAUUCCUUCUGUUCAUGAGCAACCUGAAGGAGUAAUUUAUUCUGUUUGUGCUACAGGGACAUCAGGAAGAGAUUCAGUUCUUUCAUGGAUUCGACAUUUAGAAAAAAAUGACAAUCCAUGUCUAGCAUCAAUACCUGUGAUAUUUACUCUCAAAUCACCAGGGAAAGAAGUUACAGUUGUAGAAACUGAUUUACAAGAAAUAAAAAAUUAAAUAAUAAACUAUUUAUUAUUUAACUAUUAGAAAUUGAAU